AUGCGGCAUGUCAUGGUGCAUGUUGGUAGCUGCUUACAUAUUGGGGAUCUAAUUCCUAUGAAAGGCAAUCCAGUUUUCAGGCUUACUCUUUCUGGAAAUACUGCCGGGGAAACUACGUCAGUUAAUCAAAUUGAAAAUGUUGUCGGGGCCUCCAACAAACUUUGUUCUUUAGAGGAAGCUUUUGGUACCUCUGUUUCUGGUCGUGCUUUUAGUUUCCAGAGAUGGUUUAUUACUAUAAGAUCAAAGGUUGUUGGAACGGUAGCAGAUGUACUCAAAUUAUUGAGCACAAAUUCGUUUUCAGAAGAAGCCUCCAGAAGUACUGAACGACAAAGGAUUUUGGUUCAGCAGUCGGAAUCUUCACAAGGACUCAGCUCUUUGUUGCAAUUGCUUGCCCACGCUUCUUCUCAGCUCAUGAGGCUAGCAAGAGAAUUUGAUCUCUUAGGAGCGUCAUUCAUUGGCAUGGACAGAAAAAGUAUGAAGAUAGUUUCUGAUCUUGGAUUAGGUUGUUCACUAUUAGCCUUUAGUACUGGAUUAACAUUUAUUUUUGUCAGUUCCCAUGGUAAACAAGAUUGUAGUAUUUAUGGUCUUGAAACCUCAGAGGAGCAAUUUCAUACUCUGCUGGUUCAUGACUUAUUAAGGAGACUGGGCUACAUAGACUUAGCGACUAGCAAAAAUUUACGGCAGCUUUUGGAUUUCCGUCGAAGUUCUAGGAGCUGUUCCAUGAAAGAACUCCAAAAUGAAAUUUCUUCCUCUAGUGUUGAAGCAAGAGAUGUUGCUAAACUUUGUAGAUAUUCUGUUCAGAGAUUUCUUAGUUUGCAAGCGAGUACUGUACAUGUCAAUACUGGUAUAUCCCAAAUUCCCCGUGAUGCUUUGCAGUUGCUGUUCAACAUUAUUUUCUCGUGGAUACAGAUCCCUUUCCGGACUCCCAAACACUUUUUUCGAUUGAGGCCUCCCAUUUCUGCUGAGCUUUUCAUAACAAAUGAAGCUGGUAGAAGGAUAGAUAAUAUAUCUGUCUUGUCAGGCUUUCAGCUCCCUCUAACUCUGUGCAUUCAACUAAGAAAUAUAUCUCCAGAUCAGCUGUCUCGGGUGUCAAAGUUGUAUUGCAUCCUUCACUCACGAACAUCCUUUCAAAUAUUUAGUGAAAGCGAGGAUAAGAAAGUACCAGAGUCCAGUUGUCAGGCUUGGAAAAGCAAUCACAUGGUAGACCUUAAUGACAAGCUAUUGCACUUUACAACAGGGUCUCCCAAGAGGGGUGGAUUACAUGCUAUGGGAAGUGCUGAAGGGACUUCAGUUGUGGAUAAAUUUAUGUCUUUUGAUCCUAAUGAGAAAGGGCAAGGAUUUGCAACCUGCUUGCUAGAUGUUUCUGCAUUUCCUGUGGGUUCUUACCAAAUCAAAUGGCACAGCUGUUGUAUAGACAAUAAUGGUGCUUACUGGAGCCUUAUGCCCCUGAACACAGAUCAGUUCUUCACUGUACAUGAAUCUUCUAAUAUUGGUCCUUUAGUUGGAGUACCAUAGACUGCAGGUAUUUAGUUAAAGCCGGGAAUGAGUUAUUUCUAUAUAUUAGAAGAGCUAGGUUUUGACGUGUGUGCUUCGUGGAAUUUAAUUCAAACCUGAGGGCUAUUUAGUCAUUUCAAUUACUUAGUUGGUAUUGCUUCCUGUGGUGGCUUUUGUUUUUGCAGCCAACACAUCUUCAUUUCUUACUCAGCCGUAUCUUAUUCCUUCAUUUGUUUCCCUUCUCUUCAGUUUCUCAAAGAUAUACUCCAAUUCAUUUUGUUCUUGAUGCUCUUUAAAUCUGAUAUGAAACUUGGGGUUAGAUAGUAAGGCAUGAGGGAGAAGAGUGCAAGUCAGGAAGGAGAGACUAUUUAAAGCUCUUCACCGGAACCAAAGGUGAACUUUCUCUCUUUCCUUUCUUUCCGUCUCAAGUGUUUGCUUUCCUCUAUAUUUAGUCAGGACUAUGCAGCAGGCUUAUUUGGGUUUCUGAUUGUGGAAUGCAUGUAUCUCUGUUGAUUAUGGUUGGAAUCUUUUGGUUGACUGUUAGCUAAUUUCAUCUAAAACAACAGGUCAGGAUACUUUAAAUAUCCAAAUUCUAAUUUCAAACUUUGAUGUAGUUCCAUAAUCUUCAGAGAGUAGAGGAUGGAUUCUGUACUUAGAUUUGGUGGCGAUUUCCAAAUGUAGAAGGGCUUGCCUGAAACUGUUGAGAAAGUGUAUCAGUGAGAAGUUUAGCAAAAGAUCCAAGAGAGUAACGUUUGCUAGAGUCAUAAAAUGUAGGCUUAAGAUAGUUGUUGGUGGAGCCAUUGCUGCCUAUGGAGACGAAAAAUAGCGACCUUGACAGGUCACUUGAGAACUCAAUUUGCUGUAAAAAAUCAAUUCGCUCAGAUAGAUGCAUGCACUACCCUGCAAACACAAAUUAAAAGCUAGCCCAUGGUUAAUAUAAUGGCUAUAAUUCAAAUUGGCAUUUUGUGUGUCUACUAUAGCAAGUAAGACCCAAAAGUACUUCGUCAAAGUCUCUAAUUCUAUAUUGACUGUCAUUCUGCCAGUCACAAUUAGAAGACAAUUUACAGGUAAUCGGUAAUGAAAAGUAAAUAAUUAAUCAACGAACAAGGUUCAGUCUUCCACUUUUGAAUAAUCAAAGAGCAAGGUUGCAACAAGGUAAGUCAAUCUAGAAAAGAUACUUCGAUUGAAUGUUAUUUAUUGGUUUAGUCGCCACUCGCCAGUGAAAGGUCUUUUGCUACUAUUUUGGGUUGCGACUGGAUCCACUUUCUGCUGAUGUUUCUGGAUGCAGUUGAAGCCACUUAUGCUGCUUCUUCUUGGAUGUUACUACAAACACCUUUAAAGUUGUUCUGGAUGCGGGCGGAACUACUUUUGUUGCUCUUUUCUAGAUGCUGCUACAGUCAUUUUUUGUUGCUGUACUAUUAGGUUAGUCCAGCUGGUUACACAUCAAACUCUUCAGUACUUUUAACUUCUAAGAUCCAGGUCCAUUCAUUUUUGUUUCCUUCUGUAUAUGCUCUGUGUUCUCUGGCUUUAGUUUCGAUCAGUCUUACUAAAGGUAUUUAGUAUCAAAAUCAAACCAUAAUAUCCCUUGAAAACAACUAUUGCAACUAGGGGUUGAAAGGGGUAUGCUAUGCAGCUCUUUUGUGGCUCUGCCAUUUUCCCGUCGCUAUAUCUCUGUACAAUAACAGGGUAAUCAAUCAGCUUGUAAAGAGCUAUUGGAUUUGCAUUGAAAAGCUCUUCUUGACUGUGUUUUUAUGGUAGCAUCAAGGUAUUCUCGUUAUAUGAAGUGCGAGUACUUGACAAAAGGUUCUUUUUCAUCCACAAAAAUGCUAACUUAAAGCAGCAUUUUAGAAAAGUGAAAAAUACUAACCUAAUAAAGGCACAAAUAUCAGUCGAUCUCUAAACACUUAAAUUCAAAAGCAUUUUAUUCCUCCACCUCCUUCACUUUAUUGUUAGCCUUAUUCACCCUUUCUCUGUGUCUUUUUGUAUUUUCUUAUGAUAAUUUUUUCUCUUGUAAGGUUAAGAGCAACAUAGUUAAUAUCUGUGACUCUUCUCCUCUUGGUAAAAGGUACUAUCAUAUCAUGGUUUACUAUAUGAUUUUUGUUCAAAUUUCAUCCUUUCUGCUCAAGAUUGUGAGUAUUUGUUAGCUCUAACAAGGAGGUAAGGGUAGUGCAAAAGCUUAAGCUUUUUGCUCUUUGUUAUUUCCUUCAAGAAAGCUCUUUUACUCUUACAUUGUUCUAGCCAUUUUGAGAUUGAGAGCUUUUGGCUUGAUAAAACCAAUUAAUGGUUUACAAAAACAGUAUUUAAAGGCCAGAAUUGUGAUUUUGAUAGAUAGGUAAGGCUGAACAAAUAUAAAUAGCAGGUUCCUUCCACACCGUCUCUGGUACUUGUGUCUGUUUGCACAUAGAUGAGCUAUAUCUUCCGUUGUCCAAACAUUGUUAGAUUUGGUGAAACUAUUGAUCUUAUAGAAUUAAUUGAGUUAAAUGCUCAGAAAAGGUUCUGAUAGUGUAUUUAGCAUGCUCCGUUAUGCUUUACUCUCUUAAAUUACUUUGCCUUUUUUGCUCUUUCCAAAUUGAAUCUGUUGAGAUUCAUGAAGGCUGCUACCAUUUAAAUGUGUCCUCUUUUCUUCCACCUUGACACCUUCACUUUGACAGAUAUCUGUUGUCUUGCUUCUUUGUUUCAGGUGAUUUUUGGUUUUAAAAAAAAAUUAAGAAGAAGGCACUGAGCUUCCGCCGAAAAGUAUUUUCAGCUGCCUGCAAGAAUCUGAAAAGGAAUGUACAUUUUGGACUUUAAGAAUCUACUAACAUGAUGCUACCAUAGAGAUAAAGAAUGUAUAUUUUGAUCCAAAAUGUAUAUAAAUAUUAUCCAGCAAUUAGUGUGCCUGUAGUGGUUCUUAUCUAAUUAGAUACUAACUUACAUGCAUCAAUUUUUAGUAUCAGCCCUUUCACACAAAACCAAGUAAUAUUGGGCCCGUGCUGGCACGGACAAUAACCACCUAGUAGUAGAAAUAUUUAUUGGUUCAUUUUUCUCAAAGAGGUAAUAAUCUAUAAGCUUCGGCAUACUCCCAGAGCACUUUCCCUUCUCUUACUUGAUAGUUAAGUACUUGCACAUUGUGUUCUAUCUCUUAUUGAGUUUGCUUUGAUGUUCAAUCUCGAUUUUAAUUUGGUGCCCCUGCAUAAAUCCAACAUUUUGGAUAUGUGGCUGACUGGUAAGAGGUGAUCCUUACGUGAAAAAGUGUUGCGUGGAGUUUUUAGCAUUCCCUUUUGACUAGUUGGUAGUAGAGCAUAGAUCCAAGCAUGAGCUCCUAUAACGUGUUUAUACUAUGAAAUGGUAGAUUUUCCUUCAACUAUUAGAUGUUGGUUAAACCUUAUAUCAUUUCCUUUUUUUUUGUAUUCGGCAGCUGUAUCUCAAUCUACCACACUACAGAUAUCUCCCGGAAUAGUGGCGGAAAACUCUCCUGGCUCUAAGCCAGGAACUAAAGUCAUUUGUGAGAGAGUUCAAACACAUGGCUUGUCAAGGCUAAAAAAUCUGAGGAAGUACGCCCAUUCAGUAAAGGUGAAGUAUCAUAUAUCAAUCCAAGUGGGCGUCCGCCGUAAUGCUGAGGUCUGCUUCCAUAGGCGGGCCACUAGUCCUUUGUUUCUCUGCUAUUUAAAUUCUAAGAACUGAGGAAACUCUGUCUGAUUCUUCUCGUAGUCUAUUUCAUGCUUUCCAUUGAAAGUGGUUUUAGCAUGAUAACUUUUUUUGCUUUGAAAAAUCAUAAUAGAUCUGUAGCUGGCAGCUUGAUAUAUUUGCUUCAUGGGCUGCUUUUGUUAUUGGUGAAUUAUUGUUUUUUAUGUAGAUCUGACAAUUUCAUCAAAUGCAUUAAGAUUUUGUCAAACAUAUAUAUAAUGUUGGUGUAUGAUAUAUAAUCCUUCUUCUAUCAAUCCUACCCAGCUCUCAAGUCUCAGCACAAGUAUGUGGUAAAUCAUUACUCUGAAUCACAUGGUUGGAGUGGGAUCAUUCUUUCUGCGCUAUGUGCCACAAUUGUUGCGUUCAAUACUUAACGAGAUUGGUAUUGGUGAAGACAUGUAUAACCCUGUAUUUGCAAAUUCUGCUGCUUUUCCUCGUAAUAGCUGGAGCUUGGUUGGGAAGGGGAGCCUUGGAGCAAUGGUAAAGUUGUCUCCGUGUGACCAGGUCACGGGUUCGAACCGUGGAAGCAUCCACUAAUGCUUUUUAGGCUGUCUACAUCACAUCCCUCGGAGUGCGGCCCUUCCCUAGAUGCUUUGUGAACCGGGCUGCCCUUUUUUUUAGCUGGAACUUGGUUGGGGUUUUGGGUUGUUCACAAACUUGUACUUGUAGAAGAUGGAUCCAUUGACAUCGGAGUAUCUCAAUAUGUCGGUUGGUCCAUUCGAGUUUUUGCUUCGGGAUUGAUCAUUCAGGUUUCUAUCAUGGCUAGGAAUACUUUUUUUUUCCACCUAUUCAUUUGAUCCCCCAAAAUUCUCACACUUUUGGUAGUCUGUAGCGCUUACUGGAGUUAAUUGGGCAGUUACAUAGCUUUAUUUUUUCUUCAGAGUUCUCUGGAUCUUUUAUUGGUUUUGGAGGCACUGAUCCGUGGAGUUCUGAUUUCGCUAGUCUUGAGGAGAUUGUUCCGUCCCAAAUAUGUUUUGCGCUUUUGCAAGAAUUUAUUACAAAUAGACAUGCGUUAUCUCUGGGAAUCUCAGGAUUCUUACACAUCACUGAUAAAAGGGUCAUAUAGUUCCAGGACUUCCGAGAGAAAUCGAAAUGACACAAUCGGUCGAGGUUAAACUGAAUUAGUUAUUAGUAGAUGAAGUGCAAGGUGGAGCAUCUCUUACAUGUUUUUUUCCUGCAUGUUCUCCUAUCAAGCCGUCAAGCUUUGUUAUCAGAGACAGAUAUAUUCGAUUCUACAUCCCACAACACUCCUGCACGGAAGAAACUUUCAAAAGAUGAGUGGAAUAAGUUAACUAGAGACACCACAAAGAAGGCUAUGGAAGAGCUUGUUUCUUCCCCAGAUUUUAGCAAAUGGGCCGUUGCUCACGCAGAUAGGAUUACUCUAGCUCCAAAGAAAGAAACAACCGCUAGCAGAGAAGGUGGUACCAAUGGCUAUGACAAUAAAAUGUAAGAUUCUAGUGAGUGGAGAUCAUAGGUGUCCAGACUUGUAAAAUGCUACUACACAUUCUUAAUUUAGACAGUGAUUCCUUUUUGUGACUUAUGUAUAACGGUGUGUCUACAUUCUUAUUUAGUUUGAGCUAGUGUAACCUUAUUGACUUGUAUUAGGCACUGAAACUGACUACUUAUUUUCGUUGGAUGUAACAACUGGAUUAUAGAACGAGGCAUUUUGCAUUGUAGGUAGCCUGUGGGUUUAUUCACAAAUAUGAGAUGACUAUAAUUUUCAUUUA